AUUUUUAUUACAAUUAUAUAAAAAUAAAUGAAAGUUUUUAGAGUAUUCAGAUAAUUUUCUACUACUUCCGGAAAAAAUAACAAUCCUAAAGUAUUUUUCGAUAUAACAAUAGAUAAUACUCCAUCUGGAAGAAUGGUUUUUGAACUAUUUUCAAAUGUCGUACCUAAAACAGCUGAAAAUUUCAGAAGAUUAUGUAUAGGAGAUGCGAAAUCAACAAUAACAGGAAAACCAUUGUCUUACAAAGGAAGUCAUUUUCAUAGAAUAAUUCCUUCUUUCAUGGCUUAAGGAGGAGACUUUACUCAUCAUAAUGGAACUGGAGGAGAAUCUAUAUAUGGAAGAAUAUUCCCUGAUGAGAACUUUAAUCUUAAACAUACAGGACCAGGUGAAUUAUCUAUGGCUAAUUCAGGUCCUAACACUAAUGGAUCUUAAUUUUUUAUUACUACUGUUUAAUGCGAAUGGUUAAAUGGAAAGCAUACGGUUUUUGGAAAAAUUGUUGAAGGAAUGGAAGUUUUAAAUACUAUUGAACAUUAAGGAACUAGUAGAGGAAAUCCUAAAAAGAAAGUCGUAAUAUCUGAUUGUGGUGAAUUAAAAUAAUGA